UCUCUUUCCACGCCCUUAAACUCACCCCUGUCUACUUUUCCCUAACUAACUUGUUCUCUAUUUCUCUUUGAGAAGAAGGAUGAGUGGUGUAUGCAUGUGGCAUUUGGGGGUUCUGUUUUUGGGGUUAGGAUGGGUGCAUGGACAAAGCCAAACCAAUUUUACAAGGCCCAUUUUCCUGUGUGGUGGCCAUUUGGUGACAGACUCCGGUUUUGUGGCCAGUGAGGGUUUCCCCUCUCAUUACAAACCAAACUCCAAAUGCACAUGGUACAUCACUGUCCCACAAGGUCAUGUUGUCAUGCUGCAGUUCAGGAUGUUUGAUCUAGAGGCAGAUUCCAUCUGUCGCUAUGACUACUUGGAUGUCUAUAAUGGACACUCGUACACAACGCAGAAACUGGGCCGGUUCUGUGGAACGUUCCGUCCCGGUGCCCUCAUCUCCACCUCAAACACCAUGAUGCUGGAGAUGGUGUCUGAUGGCAGCACUGGAGGAAGAGGAUUUCUGGCUUAUUUUAGUGGAGGAAAACCACAUGUAGAUGAGAAUCAGUUCUGUGGUGGACGACUCACUAAGCCUCAGGGUUCACUGAAGACACCCAACUGGCCAGAAUCUGAUUACCCAGCAGGCAUCAGCUGCUCUUGGCACAUAUCUGUGGAGACCAACAUGGUGAUUGAGGUUAAGUUUGAGAAACUGGACUUGGAAUCGGACACAUACUGUCGCUAUGACUACGUGGCCCUGUUCAAUGGUGGAGAGACCGAUGACUCGCGUUGUAUUGGCAAAUUCUGCGGAGACUCUGCUCCAGAUGUGGUAGUGACCAAUGGAAAUGAGCUAUUGGUGCACUUUGUAUCAGAUCUCAGUGUCACAGCUGCAGGAUUCAUGGCCCAGUACAACAGUAUCCCCCGUGGCUCCCGCACAACCAUUUCUGACCUGGACAUAUCACCUAGGCCCAGAGUCAAAACUAUACCUACUAAAUCCACUACUUCACCAGCCCGACUCAAACCUAAAAUUAAACCUAAUCUAAGGCCUAGGCCAACACCAAAAUCUCGGACAAGGCCCAUGCAAUCUAGGCCAACUCCUAAGCCUAUAUCAAAGCCAAAACCCAGGCCCAAACCAGUACGGCCUACUACAAGAUCUGAUACUAGAGUCACACCGAAACCUGCCAUAAAAGUGACAGCAAAGCCUAAGACGAAGCCAACAGCUAAAUCUGCAAUUAAGCAUCAACCAAAGCCAACAGGUACAAUGGCAAAUCCAAAAGUAAAGCCUAAACUUGGUGCAAAACCAACAGCAAAGCCAAAGACUAGUCCCAUUACAAAAUCUGGGAACAAAACAACAACAACAAAUGCAGCUUCGGUGGUGAGCCCACAGUGUUCACUACCAUGCAAGAGAAUAGGCACACUUGUGACCCAAUUUUGCCCCAGUCAUUUUGUGCUGACUGGUAAAGUGACAUCAGUGACUCCAGGAACUCAAGGCAGUGCACAAGUAGACUUGUCCAUCAUAAAGAUAUUUAAGACAGGUAGACUUAAUGUCAAAAAGAGAGGACCCACCAUGUCUGUCACACUGGCAGCGACGUGCAUGAAGUGUCCAGCACUGCGUAAAGGAGUGAACUAUGUGUUGAUGGGUCUCGUGAAUGAUGAAGGUGUCGGCACUCUGACCACAUCCAGCUUUGCCCUUCAGCACAAGUCAGUGCAUGAUAAAGCACUGGUCAAUCUCGCAAAAAAAGCAUGCUGACCUCACAGCCACCUUGAGGGAAACAGGUUUCAACUCUGGACUAAUUUAAUCACAAGUCAUUGAUAUGUUUAAAUAAACUAAAUCUUUAAUUGUUA